UAUUCAUCAUGGGACAAAAACCACCGGGAAAUACGUGCCGUUCUUUAUUUGCUCACAAACUAUCUUUAAGCUUUUAUUCUAGUCGAGUAUCUGAAUCACUUGAGGUUUACAAGAGCGAAUCUGCUUGUUGCUUCCGGUUGGAUUCUUUCGUUUAACACUUUGUGCCUUGGUGUGUUUAUCGUCUCGGGUGUGCGUUGAUUUUUAUCUAAAAGUGGUGUUAUGUAUCGCGUAGAUAACGUUGGCAGUGUAACGUUCGAAAUGGCCCGUUCAAAAAUGUGCUCACGCGGAUCAAAUUUCGGUGGAUUUUGGUUAACUACGGUUAAUUUUAUUGUGUUCCUGAUGGUAUUCAAUUCAAAUAUCUCAAAUGGAAUGUGUGGCUUGCGAGUGUUACGGCAAGCACAAGCAACGGGUGCAAACGAUCCAACGAAUCAAAAUGCGACAGUCCCUGAGCUACCUAUCACGCCUGACAGUGCACCAGGUAGUGGAGCAACGAAUACAACGACAGAUCCUCCUGAAAGUCCGCUAGCUGUUAAUCCACCAGUUAACCCCGUGGAAAACCCUACUGCUGUACAAAGUGCAAACGAAACAGCACCACAGCUAAAUGCCACUUCAGCUACGGUAACUGACCCGGCAACAGUAGCUCCUACAACAAUACCUACUACAACAACUACUACUCUGGCGCCUACUACAGUAGCACCAGCAACAACAGUGAGUGAGGUAACAACAGCUUCUACAGAAGCUCCUGUAACCACAACUACUACUGAAGUGAAACCCUCAACUCCCCUACUUGAGGAAGAGACCUCAACGUCACCUCCUGUUACUGUAGAAGCAACAGAAACUCCAACAACUACUACCCAGAAGCCUGCAAUGGAGAAACCUAGCGAAGAGUCGCCCAACGGAAAAGGAGCAGCUUCAAACAUGUCAUACAAUGUCGCAUUCAUUUUGGUUACCAUCGCUUUAUUAUCCUUUUAGAAUAAGAUUUUGGUUUUAAGUAUUACAUUGAAUUGCACAAACCAAAAAGACCUGUCAAAUCCUAAAUUCUUUUAAGUAUUAUUACAUUAUAAUAAAGCGUGAAAAUGUUGUUAAUUUUAAGUUUGAGAAGCUAAAAUGUUAAAUAAAAGACCACCUGAAAAACUA